AUGACCGCUGAUUUUGUUGUGUGGUCUGGGAUGCUGGUAGCUCUUUGGGUGUUUACCACUGCAUUAUACAGACUUACCUUACAUCCGUUAUCACAUAUUCCAGGGCCCAAGCUGGCGGCUAUAACGCAGCUAUACCAGACCUUCUACUGUUAUUAUGGAAACAAAAGUCGUUUCUACCAAAAGAUCGACGAUCUACAUGCCCAAUAUGGUCCGGUGGUCCGCAUCACACCAAAUGAAGUUUCUCUGAAUGACCCAGAGAACUAUAGCAGGAUAUACCAUGUCGGCUCAAAGUACUGGAAGGCACCCGACUACUACCGCGUCUUUGGUGCGCCCGCUGCUUUUUUCACCACUGUGGAGAACCGACUUCAUUCUCUCCGACGCGCCCCGCUAAAUACAUUCUUCUCUCGCAAGAGUGUCAUCAAUUUGGAGCCUGUGGUACAAGAUAAGGCUCGCCUCCUUAUUGACAGGCUAAAAAAUGGUCUGGACGAUGGAAAUGAUGGUUCUGGGGUUGUGGAGCUCCACGAUCUCUUCAGUGCUCUGAGUAUUGAUGUAGCCAGCGAUUACUCAUUCCACAACUGCUAUGGCCUCCUGAGUGCAGAGGGCUAUGGAAACGACUUUUCUUCUAUGGUACGGGGAGUGUUGAAAUCAUUUUGGUUCUUCAUGCAGUUCGAAACUGUAGAAAACUUGGCAUUGCGGCUUCCACCUUGGGUCUCAUCGAACUUCAGUCCGGCACUCAAAAGAUACAAUGCCAUGGUUGAGGGAACACGACAAAAUGUGCAAGAAGUCAAGAAUCAAGUUGACAGUAGGCAUGAGAAGCCCCUUCGGAGAUCUAUCUUCCAUGAGCUCUUGGAGUCGGAUAAUCCGCCCGGUGUUGAGGACAUGACAGACAUCGCGUUAACCAUCAUCGUAGCGGCAGCUGCCGCAACUGGUAAUGCAUUGUCUAUCAUGGCCUUUUACGUUAUCAAUGAUACCAAUAUUUAUCAAAAGCUACGUGCUGAGCUCAUACAAGCUUUCCCAGAAGAUCAGUCCAAAAUGAGCUGGUCUACACUGGAGAAGCUCCCAUACCUGGCUGCUGUUGUGAAGGAAAGUCUGCGUCUGUCCUAUGGAGUCAUUGGAAGGUUGCCUCGUAUUGUUCCAGAACCUGGUGCUGAAUUCAAUGGCUACUUCAUUCCAGGGGGUUGCACUGUAGGCAUUUCAAGCUGGACUAUGCAUCGUAGUCCAGCUAUUUUUCCCGAGCCGGACAAAUUUGAUCCAACUCGCUGGCUGGACCCAGCAGAGUCAAACCGACUGCAGCGAUACUUGGUAUCAUUCGGAAAAGACAGUCGUCAAUGUAUUGGGAUGCCACUAGCGUAUUGUGAGUUAUAUGUUACCGCUGCGGCGCUGUUCCGCGCAUUCGGUGAUCUGGAAAUUGUUGAUACACAGAUUAGUGAUCUCGUGUUCGACGACUACUUUUCCGGUUAUCAUCCGGAAAAUGCAACACCAUUACGAAUCUCCCGGCGGAAUAAAACACUGGAGGAUAAUUGA